UCAUAAUUCUGAUUUCCACUUUGGCCAAACAGGUUAAUUCAAACUAGUUAAUAACUACUUAUAGCCAAACGGGUUAUUGAGUCUGAUCUUUACUGAAAACUACAGGAGUUCAGGAGUAGGCUACUUUUUAGCACCUUCUGAGCACAGCCAUUCUAUCUCACCAGCUUACGUCUGUUUAAUUGGAUAAACAAUUCCGCCACUAACGAGAGAGAGACCGACUGGACCCAUAUACUGUGCAACCGUUAUCCACCUGCAAAUAAUGUGUUCAUGGAAUGUGCACAUUCCUCGUUGACGUCAUAAUGGAUUGAGCAGAACAAUCUACGUGCGAGACAUACUAACACACUGCUAUUCCGUUAGGAUAUACAACUGUAGUUUGGAAUAUUUCCUCGCGACAGCGCAACACCCACGCCGAAGCGUCACGCGCGGAAUGUCUCACAGAAAGAAGCUGUCCCAUGGAAGCGCAAGUGAACAACAGGUGGAUUCCGAGGCCGAUAAAGACCUGGAAGUAACCGUACUUCACGAUUUCUCCCUCUCUCUCCGCCCCCAAGAGUAACCAUAGCAAGGGCACUCUCGCCGUAAAAUUCACAGUACCGGAAAGAAACUGAAUGAACAACGCUCUCGGGAUUUGGAAGAUUUUAGUGGGCAAAAGGCGAACCUUGGCAGUGACGUGACUUGGCAGGACAUUAAGGACAAUAUCACACAGUUCAUUCGGAAUUAUGUCACUUUGCAUCUGAUUUUACGGUCGUCUUUUAAUGAACAGAGUCUGUGUCUUUCUGUCUCGAGAGAUAGUUUGUUGACUUUUUAUAAUGCCUGUAAGUAACGGCUCGAUGAUGGAUUUGCCCUCGGAGAAUGUGAAAAUAAAGGCACAUUACGGAGGGAACAUGCUGAUCUCUGACUUGGACUCAGCCAUGACGUACACAGAGCUGUGUGAGGAGGUGAGAGAGAUGUGCAGCGUGCGCAGAGAGCUGCCAAUAACACUCAAAUGGAUUGAUGAUGAAGGGGAUCCGUGUACUAUUUCCUCUCAGAUGGAGCUGGAGGAAGCAUUCCGGAUCUACAGCCGGAACAGGCGAUCCGGACUCCUCCUGCAUGUAUUCCCAAGCAUUCCUGAAAAGCCUGGUAUGCCUUGCCCAGGAGAGGACAAAUCGAUCUACCGCCGUGGAGCUAGAAGAUGGAGGAAGCUGUACCGGGUGAACGGACACCUCUUCCAGGCCAAACGCUUUAACAGGAAAGCGUACUGUGGCCACUGCAGUGAGAGGAUAUGGGGACUGGGGCGUCAGGGCUACAAGUGUAUCAACUGCAAGCUACUGGUCCAUAAACGCUGUCACAAGCUCGUCCCACUGACCUGUCAAAGGCAUAUGGAUCCAGUCAUGCCAUCACAGGAGCCGUUGGUAGAUGAUGAUAAAAGUGGAGAGGAAGUGGAGCUCCCCCCUGAGGACCCUGAGGAAACAGACGCAAUCCCUUUCUUAGCACACAACCGGAAAGUGGAAAAAGCUGAAGAUGACGCAGAGGAUCUGAAGGCAGUGGUGGAUGGUAUCGAGGGGAUUCAGAUCUCUCAGGGUCUCGGGCUGGGUGACUUUGACCUGAUCCGGGUCAUCGGGAGGGGCAGUUAUGCUAAGGUGCUGCUGGUUCGACUCAAGAAGAACGAACAGAUUUAUGCCAUGAAGGUGGUGAAGAAAGAACUGGUGCAUGAUGAUGAGGACAUUGACUGGGUCCAGACAGAGAAACAUGUGUUUGAACAAGCAUCAACCAAUCCGUUCUUAGUGGGACUUCACUCCUGUUUUCAGACAGAGAGCCGGCUGUUUCUUGUGAUUGAGUAUGUGAAUGGAGGAGAUCUCAUGUUCCAUAUGCAGAGGCAGCGAAAGCUUCCAGAGGAACAUGCCAGAUUUUAUGCUGCUGAAAUUUGCAUCGCUCUUAAUUUUUUGCAUGAGAAGGGAAUUAUUUACCGGGAUUUAAAACUGGACAAUGUACUGUUGGACCAGGAUGGCCAUAUCAAACUAACAGACUAUGGCAUGUGCAAGGAGGGAAUCAGACCGGGUGAUACCACCAGCACAUUCUGUGGCACACCUAACUACAUCGCUCCUGAGAUCCUGAGGGGAGAGGAUUAUGGGUUCAGUGUAGACUGGUGGGCCCUGGGUGUGCUCAUGUUCGAAAUGAUGGCAGGCCGAUCUCCAUUCGACAUCAUCACUGACAAUCCAGAUAUGAACACAGAGGAAUAUCUCUUCCAGGUCAUUUUGGAGAAGCCGAUACGGAUUCCCAGGUCAUUGUCUGUUAAGGCAGCGAGUGUACUGAAAGGUUUUUUAAACAAGGACCCGAAAGAGAGGCUUGGUUGCCAAGUUCAGACCGGAUUCACAGACAUCAAGUCUCAUACAUUCUUCAGAAGCAUAGACUGGGACCAGCUGGAACAAAAGCAGGUGACACCUCCAUUCAAACCUCAGAUCACAGACGACUACGGUUUAGACAACUUCGACACACAGUUCACCAACGAACCCGUGCAGCUCACGCCAGAUGACGAGGACGUGAUAAAGAGAAUAGACCAGUCUGAGUUUGAGGGAUUUGAGUAUAUUAACCCUCUUCUGCUCUCCACUGAAGAAACCGUAUGAGGGAAGAACACGGCCGAUAUUUAUCUUCCUGCGACUCUACGAGACUACUGCAGCUGAGUUUACCUCAGACUAUGUGUUUGCAAAGACAGCAGGAUGCCCCUCUUUUCCUGUGUUAAAGACAAAAAGUAAUACUAAUACUUCAAGAUUCCAAUUCUCCCCGAGUUAUUUUGGGGUUACACUGGAAGAAUAAACAACUGGAGAAACUUUGCAGAAAACAAACUGAACUAUUCCCCAAAUUUCAGUCAUUGAUUGUCUUCCUGCUUCCCAGCAUCCUCUUUGAUUUUGAUGCCCAUGUUUGUGUGCGCACACUGUUGCCUGGACCUCAAGUAGGUUCCAUCAUUGUGUGCCUGCAUCCAUCAGAGACUACAUUCCCCAUCAACCCUAGCUAAAUAUGACAGUUCUAACUUAUGUGCACUUUUAUUUUCGGUUCAACUUGUGUUUUGAUUCUCUUUAAUCUUGUAUGAGGUGCGACCUCAAGCAAAACAAGAAUGUACAAUGUUUAAAGGUAAAAAAUAAAUGUUAAAACUUGUAUUAUAGUGUAGGUAGCCAAUCAAAGAAUUUAUGGUGCCUUCUAUGAUGCAAGUGGCACAUUUUAAUUCAUGACCAUGAUGGCUUCAUCCACAGUGGGUAGCUGUGCUUCAAACAGCUAUGAUGCUUUUAACCAUUCAUGUUGAUUUUACUGAGUAAAUGGAAGACAAAAUGUUUUUGUUUUUUUUAAGAAGUGCCUCAAAGAUACAAAAUUUACUAUGCUCCAAACUGCACCAUGUUAGACCUGAGUUAAUUUUUCAAUGCAUCAUCCAAUAUGAAUGUGGGCCGCAGGUGUGAUUUUUGCAUAACACAAAUACAUUGAUACAAAUUUUA